AUGGCCACAGUGACUCCUAUAGGGGUCGAGCCAAAAAGGCGGCGGACAGUAAAGCAAUUUGUUGAUAAGUACUUUUUACAUGGUAAGAGUUUAAUCAGGUCGAAGAUAAAUUUGUGACUUAACUUUUGUAUUAAUUCAAAGCUUUUUAAAUGUAUAUUUAGUAAAUUUGGUAGUUUUUAAACCUAAAAUUAAAUUUAUUUGAAAUUCCAGGUCAGCACCUAGAUGAAGAUCUCCAAACACGUCUUCAGUCAUCUCCAGGUCUACCGUUCCACGAGAAGUAUCGUAAAUACAUUGCAUUUUUGACCCCGAUCUUGUUCUGGCAGUUGACCUGGUGGCCUGUGGCUAUUUCCAAAGGUCUUUUGGUAUUAUAUGCUACAAGAUGGGAAAUGGCAGUUACUAUGAUAUUUGGCGCGUUGGUAGCUGGUGCUACUUCUGAAGGUGGUGGUGCCAUUGCCUUCCCUGUUAUGACAUUGUUAUUACAUAUUCAGCCAGGGGUGGCGAGGGAUUUCUCGUUGAUGAUUCAGAGUGCUGGUAUGUUGGGUAUUAAACCACAGUUGACUUACUUUAAGUGAUUUUAUAUGUUAUUUCCUGUUUGGUUUUUUUAUAUUGUAGUUGUUGGUACAAAAGAUAUAUUGACGCAGUAUUAUUAUAUACAACUACAUAUUAUUUUACAUUUUUCUACAAUAGGUAUGGCCGCUUCAUCAUUUACAGUAAUUUACAUGCGUAUCAAAGUAGAAUGGCACUCGAUAUUGUUCUCCACGUUGGGUGCUGCUUUCAGUAUCAUUAUCGGACUACAGUAUCUGGAUGAUUUACUGUUGCCAAUUCAGAAGAAGAUGAUGUUCGUAUCUAUCUGGUUCUCUUUUGCCAUAUCUUUGUUGAUAUUGAACUUACAGAAGAAGCGGAAGACAUACGAUACGAUACCACAGUUCAAUUGGUUGAAAGCGUUGGUACUAUUUUGUACUGGCCUUUUUGGAGGUAUGUUUUUAGUGAAAUGUUACAUAAAGUAGCUUUUAAAGCAAAAAUUUACUUUAAAGUUAUUAAAUUUUACUAUACAGAAAACUUGAUUUUAGGUAUCUUAAGUGCAUACACUGGCUCAGGGGUAGAUAUCUGCUCCUUCUCAGUGUUAACCUUACUAUUUCGUGUGUCCGAAAAGGUGGCUACACCAACUUCUGUAGUCCUGAUGUUCCUCAACACUUGUGUCGGCUUCUAUUGGCGCCAGUUGAUUCAGAACGAUGUGAGCACGUUGGCCUGGGAGUACUUUGGAGUAUGUAUACCAGUAGUGGUAAUCUUUUCUCCAGUUGGUGCCUUCUUGUCAUCACAUUUACAUCGUCAAGUAUUGGCAGCUACAGUGUAUAUCCUGGAGACCGUAGCCCUGAUAGGAUUCCUGAUUACCGGGCCUCCAUUGAGUAUCGUACUUGUUGGUGCUCUUAUUAUUGUCAUCGGGAGUGGAUUUUUCUUUGUUUUAAGCUGGGCAGGGCAGAAAAUGGGGGAGAGCAUUGAGACUGGUGCUACUGAUAAUUCGGCAUCUGGAAUGUCCAUAGUUCCUUGA